ACUUGUUCCUUCUGACGCAUUUCCUUGCAUAUUGUUUCUUCGAAAGAGGAGGGUCACCAAACGAAGAGUUGUUGUCGAGAGAGGAAUGAUGGGAAUUAAAGUUACGUCGUUCUGCUUAAACAUGAACGGUUUUGACAAGGAACAGAUGAGAACGUACAAAUCUAGUCCAAAAGUACUUCCCAUCACCAGUAACACUGCCGAGGAGUCAACGAAGCAGAGUAAUAUUUACUGUCUCCUUCUGGAACUUCUUCUUCGGGUGUGGCUGACUAGAAAAUGUACUGACGAGAAGCCCAGAAAAUAGAGAGGCUUGAGGAGCAUCAGACAGAUUCUAUUCUGGCAAAGUAUUAUGUUGCCCAAAGAAAUGCACUUAACUUUGACACACCACACAAGUUUUUCAAACUGUGAUUUGUCUUCUUUAUUUAUCAACCCUUCCUUCUUCUUCUCCUGGUCUAGUUCUCUCUGGAAAUGAAACGUGUGAAUUUAGGCUUGAUGUAUGUACUCAAAAGCUACCCGGGAGUUUAUUAAGCCCGGUUCUACUCCAUUUACGUGGUUUAGAAUUUUGCUUUAAGUAUACAUAUUUAUCCAGCUUCUGGUAGGGUUUAAUAAACGAGAAGUACAUCGAUUGGAUGAAUAGACAUGCAUUUGUAUGUCAUAAAUUAGAAUGAUUUAAGAGACAAGCAUGCAUUUUCGCUUACCAAAGCUGGAUAUGUUACACUUCUUUAAUCAAUUAAAAAUACAAUUGUAUAGAAAUUAACGUUACACAAUUCAUAUUCAUUUACAUGCGAAACAAUUUCAAGGUAUUGGAAAGCUAAUCUCAAUGACAAAAGCUUUAACGCCUUGUGUGAUACAUUUCACAGCGAAACGACAAACUGAUUUGGCCCUGCCAAUUUGAACUGAAAUUACGUGCGACUACCACAAUGACUGUAUAAAAAAACGUAUUCCACCAAAGAUUUUGGUAAUAAGUUAAUAAUGGUCAAAACGGACCGUCGAGAACUGUGUCGUCGGAUGUGUUCCGUGCUAAAAGUGACUUUGAGCUAGUAUGCAUCCUAAACAUACCAUAUCAAGAGUCACAAUGGCCCCACAACUGCACAAUGGCAACGGCGUCAGCCAAAACGGCAAUGCUCCUACUUCUCUAAAUGGGACGACGACAAAUGGACAUCGCAAUUUCCUCAAUGGAAAUUCCAAUGGUCCGACCCCGAGUCCAAGUCAGCUCCAAACCGCGUACGAACUGAACCCCAAGGAGCACGAUAUCAAAGUCGUUAUCCGCGAUGGACGCAUCGUUGCUGGAGAAGAAACGCUGCCAUUCAAGAGGAACAACAGAUUCUCGUUCGGUAAAACAACUUGUCAAGCUUGCAAGAAGAAAUGUUCCGGAGAAGUUUUACGAGUGCAGGACAAGUAUUUCCAUAUCGCAUGUUUCAAGUGCAAGGUUUGUGCCAGUUCAUUGGCUCAAGGAGGGUUCUUCUUCCACGAAGGUGAAUACUACUGUACCUCAGACUACCAGCAGCGUUGGGGAACUCAGUGCGGGGCUUGUGGUCGUUACGUGGAAGGCGAAGUAGUCACGGCUCUUGGGAACACUUACCAUCAGGCGUGCUUUACCUGUGCCCGGUGCAGGAAACCAUUUCCUACGGGGGCGAAGGUCACUGUAGCUGGGAGAGAAAUUUUAUGUCAGCGAUGUGUUAAUAUUCCUAUUGGAGGUAGUGGCGGUUCCACUUCGGAUGCUACUUCCCCAGUGUUUCAUGAUAAUGCUCCGUGUGCUGGGUGCGGAAAGGAAUUACGAGAUGCACAGGCUCUAGUGGCAUUGGACAAGCAGUGGCACAUUUGGUGUUUCAAAUGCAAAGCGUGUGAUAUCGUGUUGCAUGGUGAAUACAUGGGAAAGGAUGGGGUUCCGUAUUGUGAGAAGGAUUAUCAGAAAAGUUUUGGGGUACGAUGUGCCUACUGUAAUCGAUACAUUUCUGGAAAGGUUUUACAGGCCGGUGAGAAUCAUCAUUUUCAUCCUACGUGCGCCAGGUGCACAAAAUGCGGAGACCCCUUUGGUGAUGGGGAAGAGAUGUACUUGCAAGGAACUGCUAUUUGGCAUCCACGUUGUGGACCGGGACCUAACGAGAAUGGAACAAUUUUGAAUGGAAUUGCAAACAUUUCAAUUGAAAAUGGCCACCCGAUUGAAGAUCGGCCAGACUCAAAACUUGACCAUAGCUGCUCUGUGUCAGAAACACAAUUUUCUUUGCGUUCGCGAACCCCUAGUCUGACUGGCUCAUUGUACAGCCCGUUUAACAGCUUGAAUCGCAAGUACUCGGGCUAUCGGACAAGCAGCCCUGGGCUUAUCCUGCGAGAAUACAAGUCACCGUACCCUGAAGACAUCACUAGGAUUUACACUUACAGCUACUUGACGGCCGAACCCACUCAAGGAUACUUGAAAAAGCCGAUCGACCCGUAUGACCGCCCACCGGUCUCUCCUCACUUCCAUCGGCCUCCCAGCACCAGCUCGAGGACAAAAAUUCAAAUUCCUAAGACACAUUCAAGGAGUGGCAUGAAAGCGAUGGUAGAACAUCUCGUUAGUGAGACACCCAGACCACGGUCACCACACAUGAACAAUGAAGAGCCCAUCGAACUAGCGCAUUAUCCGGCAGCAAAGCCACCAAGGCCUGAAGAACAAGCUAAAAUCGAAAGGGACGAUUUUCCUGCGCCUCCUUACCCUUACACUGAUCCUGAGAGAAGAAAACGAUGGUCCGAUUCAUGGAAAGGUGUCUCAGCAUCUGAAGAUGAAGAUGAAACUGACACAGUUUUCAAGGCGGAAGACGAUCCAAAGCUAAAGAAAGAGGAAGUAGAACUCAGUAAAAUUGCAACUGGGAUUGGAAAAGUUUUUCUGCAAAAUGUAAAAGAACGCGAAAAAAUUCGAGCAUGGAAGAUGAACCAUUUAGAUCCACGAAAUGCUUCACGUACUCCAUCAGCAAAUAAAGAGCCAGCAUUUCGUUUAAGAUACGAGUCACCCCAUAAUGCAUCGCCAUCAAGGAAUAUGGACCAUCCCCGACCGUGGGAAGAGGAUGAAAUUGACCGAGGGUCAAGCUAUCGUUCCUCUGUGGGACGGUCAGUGGGAACCAUUCCGGCGUAUAAUGUUGUAAGCUCUUUGAGGCAAGCCCCGAAACCUGGUUAUACACUGGCACCCAGGUCACACACGUUUAGUAGCGUUGGAGGAUCGAGUCAAGCUGCUGGACUUGCUGCUGAGUAUCCUUUUGGACAAUCAGCGAUCCCUUUUGGAGCGAUGGGCGAAAAAACACAUAGCACAGAAUUCAGCAGUGCACGAUCCGAUAUCUCCACAGGCUCCAUUACUGAGGCGGACAGGCGUGCUUUGGGAGCUGAUGUACGAAGCUCGACCACGUACACUGGUGGAUUCCGAUACCCAUCUGCUAGUCCACAUUUGCGCCGGUCACUUCCUAAUAUGACCCCACAGGUCCCUACCGAACCACUUAAAGUGUAUCCUUACCAUCUUCUUAUGACUACAAACUAUCGACUGCCGGCAGACGUGGACAGAAACAAUUUAGAGCGUCACUUGUCCGAUGCGGAAUUUGAAGCCAUCUUCCAUAUGAGCAGGAUGGAAUUCUACCGGCAAUCUCAAUGGAAACGGAACGAUAUGAAAAGACGUAUUAGAAUGUUUUAAGAAUGGAAAUGUUUUUUCUGCAAAUGGAAUUUUACUUGAAAAAAUAGAAUUAGCUAUACAAUUGUGUGAGGGCUGGUCUAAAUUGAUAAGUGCAUAUUUAUCAUGAACGUAACAAGUAUGUAAUUGGCAACGAGUACCAAUUUUUUUUGUUUUAUUAUGAUUGAACCUUUUAUCUACUCCUUGUACGUAUGUAAACUGGAUUGUGUUAAGUUCUUGUUUGCGUUUGAAAUUGAAGCUUUACUAUUGAAACAUAUGAGUAAUAUAUAGGCUUUAUCUGAUAGGAAACUCGGUUGAGAGCCAUUCCGAUAUUGGAUGGUCGGUUACACAUAGUCCUCCUAUUUUUAUUUGUCUUUUUAGAGUAACAAUUGUUGAAUGAGGUUUGUAAUUUUAAGUGAUUUAAAGUUAAAAAUUUUAACCUGUUUGAGACUCCGGUUUUACAAGUAGCCCUCGUUUAACUUCUUUUUAAAUGAGUUACCAUAUUGUGAACUGUGGUGCGAUUUUGAUUUUGUUUGUUAAUUUUUAACUGUAUUUUUAAUUUGUCAGAUAAACUUUAGUUUAACAUGUUACAAGCAGCAUAAUUAAUUUAUGACGAUUAUUGUUGGUUUGCAGUUAAAAUCCAUUUAAUGUUGUGUUGCACAAGUUCCUUUAUUUAAGAAAGCUUUAUCAGCAGUGAAACUAUCAAGUGAAUCGCAGCUUUGACCCGUGUUGUCUCACAACGCGACAGCCUUACCUUAUUAAAUAAAUACACAUACAAUUUAGAAUUAUGUGGCAACUCUUUCCAACAGCUAUGAUUAUUGAUUAUAUUUAGUUUUAUUUAGAAGAAAAGUGGUUAGCAAAAUUAUGUGAAAAUUAUUGAAAUACUACUAAAUACUAAUGCUGCAUGCAUGCCUAAUCUUACUGAAAUUCUAACCCCAUGUUUUUGCACAUUUGCGUAUAAUUCACCAGUAAAAAGCUAAGGCAGUAUAAUUAUCAAUUUAUAAAUUUUACAACUAAACCACUGAUGAAAGACUUGACUGGAAGAUUAUGUGGAAGUUUGUGCUUAAACAUUUGAAGAAAAAAUAUGAAUUAUGCCAAAAACAGUCAUCUCCAAAAAAAUUUCUAUGCGUAGCUACUAGAUAACGCCUAAUAAAAAAUCCAACGACAUCCCACUAAAUAUUUCCACUGUUUCACACAUUGUACGUUGUAUAUGAUCGUCGUAUGUAGGAGAAAAUAUUUGCUAAUAACACGUCGUGUGCGUAGGAAGAGAGAGAGAAAGACGUCUAUGCAACCGUUCCACAUUUACUAUUAAUUAAUAAAAAGCUUUGUGUAUUCAUGACAGAAUUUUUUUAGAAUAAUUGCUGCUUACAAGUUUGAUUUCAGACAAUUGUUGACUCUUUCUAUGUACGUAUCUGCAAAAUUUUGGAUUAUGUGUCGACUGAGGGAAUACUUUUAGAUAAUAAGUACAUAUGUAAUAAGUAAGACGACUACUCUGGCGAACGGUGCCGCUACAACUACAAUGUUGAUUAUAUAAAACUUGGAUAUUGAGGAUUUUUUAAGCUUAAACGAGCUCAUUCGACUGUUAUUAAUAUAACUAAAUGCCUUCAUAACUAGUAACAAUGACUUGGUUAAUUUUAGCGGAUAGUGCUAAUGUUGAGUGACUUGGAUUGUAAAAAUUCUACAUUUAGAAUAGUAAGAAAUGUUACCUUUGAACUAAAAACGGGAGAAGAGUAAAAGUCAAUAAACCAGUAAUGGUAUCAAAUCUUCAGUUAUUAUGUAAUUAAAACAAAAGUAUUGUUGUAUAUGUUGAAUUCAAUAAUAAAUGCCUUUCCUUCAUAGAGAGAAAUCCUUAAA